GGGGCUCGACAUACGUUCUUACUCUCAUUCCACACACCAUGUCGAACGAUUAUGACCUAGAAGCAACAGAACUACUGGAAACGUAUGAUUUCCUCAUGAAAUAUAUCAUCAUUGGCGAGGCUGGAACUGGAAAGUCAUGUCUAUUGCACCAGUUUACGCACAACAGCUUCAAGGAGCAUUCGCAACAUACAAUCGGCGUUGAGUUUUCGAGUAGAACUGUGAAACUUGGAGAGAAGAGAAUAAAGCUUCAGUUAUGGGAUACGGCAGGACAAGAACGGUUUAGAUCAGUCACUCGAAGUUAUUAUCGAGGCGCUGCGGGCGCAGUACUUGUCUACGACAUUACGAGUCGUGCCUCGUUCCUGAAUUUAUCUCGGUGGCUAGCUGAUGCAAGAGCAUUGGCAAGUCCACAUCUUGUGACUGUGCUUGUUGGCAACAAGUCAGAUCGUGAAGAGGAUAGAGAAGUGGAAUGGGCAGAAGCAAGCCGAUGGGCCGCAGACAAUGAUGUGCACUUCCUGGAGGCUUCUUCAUUAACUGGGGAGAACGUCGAAGCUCCAUUUCUCCUCUGCGCACGCUCAAUAUUGCUUGCGAUUGAAUCGGGGACCUUAGAUCCCGAGAAGGCUGGCAGCGGGGUAAGCUACGGCGACCGUGCUCUGCGACGCGUGAAUAGUUCAAGUCGCCUUAGCUUUGGUAGUCUGAGCGGUGGUCGUAGGAAAGGUACCGUCAAGUUGAGAUUGCCGCUGCCGGGUCGAGGAAAAUGCUGUUAGUUGCUGCGGGACGAGCAAAGACCAUCAUUUCUACACACGAAGACAAGGCGUAGCUGCCAUCGCAUGCGCCUUCCUUAUCCUUGGUGCGACGUGAUAAUACUUCCGAUUCUACACAUCCACCGGUCAACUAUCACACGGUUUGGCUGCAUACCCUCACAUCCAUUAUACCGAUUCUCAUCAUUCCGAUUGAAUCCCACUCCUCGUGAGCAUUGUUCUCACAUACCACAGCUUCACUUGACAUCCUAUAAUGCUUGACUAAUCUACACCACGACAUGCACAUUGGGACUAUCUGUAUUACUUUGACGACAUAAUGUUUUUGGUCUGUAGCUUGUAAUCGAUUUGCUUUGUGGACAUAAGUAUGAUUUAUGGUGCCGAAAAUCGGAAACCGUGUGCAAUCGAAAAGCCGCCCAGUGGGCUGUGUGACCGCAAUUACUUUUAGACUUUUU